AAACGGUCGGUCGGAGCAGGUUUAUCGUCUCGAUAAACGAGCAACGUCGUGAUGCUUCGACAAUCGGCCCCGCGUGGGUGUGGUUUCCGAAUAAAUUGAAUAUCACGGAGGAGAAGAGAAGAGAGAAAUGAAUUCACCGUACGGACGACGGUGAUGUCAUUGCCCCGACAGGUUAUGAGCAGUGCGCGGCGACGAUGUCAAGAUGGCUGCCACGUACAUCUGAUCGGAGGUGUGUGCGCUCGCGAAAUUCGACGCCGAACCGCGAUAAAACGGGCCGUGCAUUUCAACUCUCUGACAUGUUGACAGUGCGUAGUUAGGUCGGCCUGUAUCCAUGAGGACCACUUUGCACGCUAUCGAUGAAAGUUCUCGUCGUCGCGGCCGGCGGCGGCUCGCAUUGAAUCAUGUUCAGCAAAAAAUUACAUGUAGACGUCAAAAAGUCAACACUGAAAAUUCAAGAUGUUAAAAAGGAUAGCGCGACGCGGUUCAAGCAUCUCAAGAUCGUUCUAGAAAAUGUGGAUAACGAUGAAGCGAAAGGAUUUUUUGAAGGCAACUUCAGCCAUGUCUAUUUUAUUCUUUAUGACUGUUUUGUCUCGGCUGAAGCGAAUCUGCGGCAGAGAGAACUUUCCUUCCACAUUGUCCAUAAAGCGCAUAGGGAGGAAUUGGAGCAGGUACUGCAGCUCUUAGAGAAAGUUCUGACCCUUCUACCCGAGCUUCUUAACAGGAGAUGGCAGUGUCACAGUUUGGCAAGGAUUUUGCAAAAACUUUUACACCCUGGUAAUAGUUGGAAACUUCGUAGACAAGCCAUAAGGUAUUUCAUUUUAUGGUACCAAGCACUUGGUGAAAAUGCACCCGAUCAUAUACAUCAAAUGUUUGCAAAUCUGGUACCAGGGUUUCCACCCCAACAGCCAUCCCCCUAUAAAUCUGAACGCAAGUCGGAUGGAAGGAAUAAACAUGCGAAAGUAAUUGGCAGCGAUGAUAAAGAUAAGAAGGAGUUUUACGAUACACAAUUGUCACAAAGUACGUUGCAUGACAAUGGCUCGAAUCAGUGUCCGGUCACUCCCGUUGACAGUGGACCUAUUCUACCUCCGCAAAGUGGGGAAAAGCCUCUUGAUAAUGAGACUGUCCGAUUUUUAGAAGCACUACUUGAAUUUAUGGUUACUCAGGUUGUAAAAAUAGAAUGGCGGGAUAAAGCUUCACGACAGCACAAGACUUUCCAGUUUUUAUUAGAACGUUUUAAAGCUACGUACCUUCGUUACAUUUGUCCCGAGUUCGACGAUAAUUUCUCCUUGUACAAACCUAAUUUAGAAUUGCCUAUGAUGCGUAAACCAACGAAUCAAAGUCAGGAUAAUUAUGUUCUGUGUAAAGUCGCGUUGAUCAAGUGGGUCGCUAGUUUUACGCAUGUUGCUAGAAAAGAUGGUCUCUUCGCACAUCUUUCGCACAGCACAACUCCGAACGAAGAAAACGCGGAGUCGGAGCUACGUCGUGUCUCGGUUACACAAAACUCGGCUGAUUCAACUUUGCUGUCGCCCGAAUCGACUGUGUCGCAACAGGAAAAUCAAAAUCAAGAGGACAACACCGUCUCGGCGGUUACUCUUGUCAGGGAGGUUCUUUACGGUAACAGAGACAACGUGAAUUUUGUACAUGAGUUAUAUAGACAAGCAUUCCUUUUGGACUUCAAUCAUGCCGGUGCUAUCAGAAAGGCUAUAGCCGUUUAUAAAGAUUGGAUUCAGAUGAAUGAGCUUCCUCCGUUCAUGUUGGAACCAUUGGAUACACACAAGGACAGAGAUAUGGAAGACAACUUCAGGAAAGAUGGGAACGAUUUCGACAGAAGUCCGUCUGAGUCUUAUCGUCAAACGAGAUUGAGAAAUGAUUCGUACCUCGGUGCUAUACACAGAGAGAACUUGUUUAUUAGAGCGGGAUUGCAGAAUGUUCUACAAGUAUUCAUCACGCAGGCUUCGAACGUGUUUUUCUUAGAGAAUUACGGAUCGAACGCGUCCAUGACGCUGCUCGAAGAACAAACGGACAGCUGUAAAAGAGUGUUGAACGUGUACCGUUACGUCGUUAUGCAUUCUAGAUUAGAACCGGGCACUUGGGAACAAUUGCUUAGGGUAUUGCUGCAAAUAACGUCGCUCGUUCUGAACGAGAAGUCGUCCCGGCGGAAAGUUCAAGAGAGCAUCGGCGGCAAACUCGCGCCUGCCAUAUUUCAAACCUUAAUCGUCACGUGGAUCAAAGCCAAUUUAAACGUUAUCAUUUCUACCCAGUUGUGGGAUCAAUUCUUAGAGGUGUUGACAUCUUUGACUCAAUGGGAGGAAUUAAUUCGAGAAUGGGCUAAAACACUGGACACUUUAACAAGGGUACUCGCCAGGCACGUGUACAAUCUGGAUCUAAAUGAUCUACCAUUGGAUAGACUAAGUGAGCAAAAGACUAAAAAGCGUCGCGGUGUUGGAAGUCGCGCCGCGUCCACCGGAAGUGUCCAGCCACCGCGCAAAGGAAGCGUCGACCAAGAGAGUCAUACGGUCUCGAAAGAAAAUGUUAUUGAUCACCCAAUGCGAGAUUUGAGGAAGGUACGACCUCUUCCACGUAGCGCGAGUGAUAACACGAUAUACAAUGCGAAAGCUCGUACAAAGCUCCACAGAAACCGUACUCACACUGUACACAGUGGCAUUCCUGUACUGCCCCUAUCGAUAGAGCAAGACAUGGCACGGUUGCUAUCAAGCGGCACGGCAUCGUCGUCGUCGGGACAAACGAGGAAAAUGUUGCCUAAUAGACGUGCUAAAUCCUUGGAUAGCCUUGUCAUUGUUGAUAGCGAACCGCCGUCGCCGCGGUGCCCGUCUCCGACGCCAAGCAGCGGGGUUGACAGCAACAAAGACAGCCCCAUACAAAUUGAAAACAUUGACGGCAGCAGCAUCGACACUAAUGAUGCAUCGGAAAGAAGAUCUGUUAUGGCAGGUGGUGGAGUUCGGGGAUGGUUGCCAGACGUGGCGGUGGUAUUAUGGAGACGUAUGCUGUCGGCAUUAGGAGAUGUAAAUAACAUUCAAGAUCCCAUUCUUCAUGGUCAAGUGAUGGACUACCUUGUGCAGCUAACGCAAACACUCAUAAAAAUUCGUUUAAACCAAGGCGUGUCUGGAGAUAAUCAAGCGACUCCUCCAGCUCCAGAACUCAUACCACCGUUAACAGUUAUCGCCCCAUGGUGUUUCAAGGUUGCGAUACAGCUUCCUGCACAGUUCGAAGUUGGCAAACUAGCGGCAUAUCGUUUGAUUUGCCUUUUAACAAUCCAGCCACAGGACAUCAAUUUACCAAAGCAACACCUGACUCUGUUUUAUCGCGCGGUUCACAACGGUAUCGUCAGCAACGACACCAAAGUGCUUCACGUGCUUGUUAAGUAUACGGGCCCAAGGUUAUUCAGUUUGAAUCUUCCUGGCUCCAGUCUGUUGAUCUUGGACUAUAUCCAUGCCGCUAACGUUAUAUUAAGCAGCCAAGACAUUGGGGCGCCAAGGACAGAAGCUGUCUCCAUAAUUGGAUCGCUAUUGUCGUUGCCUGCGACUACAAUUAAAUUACCGGUACUGCAACCCACUGCAACAGAUAUUGUAACCAUGACGUGCCCGGACGCAAAAGAGCAUAUAAUUACGAUACUCCUGAGAAGCUGUAGACGCGAGCCGACUGGCAUUGCAAGAUGCGUAGCGCUGUCGAGCAUCGCCAUGUUCGUUUACAGGGAACUAUGUUACAAAAAUCAACACCCGAGAAUCCCGGAAUCCGUUACGGUUCUCCUUUUAGCGCUACGGGCCAGUCAUGCCACCGUAGCCCAAGUGGCGUGUGAUUCUCUCUUGCUAUUAUGUGAUAAAGCUGAUAUCCUUUUGGAAUUGUAUCCAAAUGUGCCAUCGAAAAUAAUUCAGAUUUUAUCAGAAACGCUUGGAUAUAUGAGUACACGAGACAGACGCGGUCAGUUGAUAAUAUCAAUGUUGUUCUGUUUGGGUGAAUGGGCCAUGCAACUAGGCCCGAGUGUCUUGCUACGUGUGUUUCAGGGGAAACCAUUGUUAAUGACACUAUUCACUGUUUUGGAUAAUAUAGUACAAGAUAAAGGUGGCAAAGGAUUAUUACAGCCAGGCAGAAAUCACGAAGACGAAGACGACGACUUCGAUCCUGAUAUCACUUUGGACAAUUUGGCCGAUGAGACCAGCAUAAAAUCUCCUCGCAGAGGCAAUAUCCAAUCCGUUCAGCUGGCAGCAAAAAUGGUAAUGAUGCAUUUAAUAAAUCACUUGGGACACUUCCCGAUGGGCAUUGGAGCAGCUCGAUUGUCCUCGUUGGUCGUCGAACUGGACGACGUGCCGGGAAUCGAUGGCGACGAAUUGUCGUCCGCCAUCUUUCAUGCGCCGAACAUGCAAUUACUGAUGUUAUCGAAUUCCGUGAUAAUGUCGCUUGUUGAAUUGGCAGCGUUGGACGCGCCCGGCGGCGGUGUCACCGCUGGAUUAACAACAGCGCCGUCGUUGGUGCGAGUUUUGUUAAGAGACUUGGCGGGGAAGGCUUCGUGGGACAGCUCUAUCUUGUACAGUCAACCAUCUAUUGACGAUGAUAUUCCGAUAGCAUUUACAAAGCACGUUGAAUGGAAAACAAAGCCGCACAGCGAGGACCUGAGCAGCGUUAUAACGUCGCAAACGUGUACGCCUCGACACACGGUACGACACCGUGAACCUCAUGUGUUGCCUACAUUCGCGAACGGUGCAAGUGAUAUGGAUAACCUAGAUGAUCUCUUACAGUACAUAGGACACACGAGUCCAGAAGUAUUAACCAAUCCAGAGAUUGCGCUUAACGAGCCGGCAAAUCCUCCCCAAGGUUACUACCUCGAAAGCGAAACAAUUGCGACCAUUCUCAGUCAGAGGAACGCAGAACAAGAGCAUAUCAACAAUUGGAAUCAGCAUAUUAGUAUGUGUGCCUCAGCAAUAAGCCCGCCUUCUUGUCGUCCACCUCCAGCACCGUUUCAUCACUGCCGCCUUCUGUUUUCGCAUUUGGGUCUGUCCGGUUGGGAACAGCGCAGAAAAUUGCAUUUACUCUCGAAAAACGAGAAGCUGUUACGGGAACUGCGAAAUCUCGAUAGUCAACGGUCUAGGGAAACGCAUAAAAUCGCGGUGAUAUACGUCAGCCAAGGUCAAGAGGAUAAGAACUCCAUAUUGAGCAACGUCACUGCUAGCAAAGAGUACGAGAGCUUCAUUGCAAGAUUGGCCUGGGAAGUCGAGCUUGAAUCCCACACGGGUUUUCUCGGCGGUCUGGUGCCUGGUAAAGCGUCCGGUGUCACAGCACCGUACUUUGCUACAUCGUUCACUGAAAUUCUUUUUCACGUUGCGACAAGGAUGCCUUCCGAUAGUCCCGAAAGUUUGUUACAAAAGACCCGUCAUCUUGGCAACGAUGAGAUUCACAUAGUUUGGUCGGAGCACUGGCGAGAUUAUCGCAGGGAUAUCAUACCAACAGAAUUUUGUGAUGUUUUAAUAGUGAUCUAUCCGUUACACAAUAAAUUGUACAGAAUACAAAUCUCUCGGAAAGCCGAGAUUCCAUUUUUUGGGCCGUUGUUCGACGAGUGUAUCGUAGAGGACAAAGUUCUGCCCGGAUUAGUGAGGACAACCGCUUUGGCAGCGAGCAGAGCGAAACGGUCCACGCUUACGUUGUACCAGCAUUAUUAUGAGGAGAGAGCGAGAUCCAUCGAUACCGUCAUGAGAAAUCACAAAGAAGCUACGACGUUCGAAGAGUUCACAGCCAAUGUGUACUCUCCGGUGCAGCCGCCAAGUCCGUUCAGCGGUGUCUCCUCCGUAUCUGGAUCUACAACAAGCGUGCAAUCCACAGCAUCGUCAAACCUCGCAGCAGCGCUUAUAGAUUCGCAUCAGGGCCGAUCCGGGAUGCGAAGUUCAUCGGCGGCGAGCAGCGAUAACCGCGCGAAUAGAGUCUUACACAAUCUAUUCAGAGUGUCCGAUGGAAGCAGAGUAUGGUUCAGCAAUGACACACCCGAAAGUACAGCGCUUCAUGGAAUUUCACCUAGACCUGUAAAAAAGAUGUCGUUCAAAACUGGACAGAAGCAGAGGGCAAGCACUCAACCCACGCCUCCCGAUAGUCCAAGAUAUAAAUAAGGAAUUUUAUAUCAAUAUCAUAAACAAAAGGAACACUUUUUUGCACAAGAGGUUGUUCGAAAAGAGAACAUCCCCGAAAUUGUAAUUUAAGAAAAUUCUUUAAAAUGCUAAUCGACACAAUGCAUUACCGAUACACUACGUUACACAGAAAGGUGACCCGCUGUUCCCUGCAAUGAAGUUGGUCAAGGUUAUGUCAGCACCAAGAACGGCGGGUCAUGUGUUACCAGUCAUUUUGGAUGUUAUCUUUAUAAGGGGUCAUCGAAUAUAUCUGAUUAGUCUUAGCGUUUUCUGUUUUCCGUCCUUAGGUUUAAUUUUUAUAUUAAAUGUACAGAUCGUUGUUUAUUUGUUGCAACGUGAAUAAUUAAUUUAUUGGAACAUAAAAGCAUAUAUGAGAGGAUUUAACGGACAUAGGUAAUACAAUAGCGGAACUAUAUUUGUUAUAUAUACAAUUAUUAGUGUCGUCCGGGACAACUAAUUUUCAUUGUACAGUACAUUCUUAAGAUCAGUUUAUCCCCUCGUACUUGAAACUAGGUAAGCUUAAAUAAUUCUAUCGACUAAAGAAAAGCUUCUAUAUUUUAAUUUAUAUUACGAGCUCCUCGAUGUUACACACAUGCCUUCGUAAGGAAUAACUUUUUCAUUUCCUGUAAUCGUAAUGGGUGAUAAAAGAGAACCAUAAUUAUUAUGUAAUCACAGAAUGUGUCUAUGAGAGUGUUGAUAAGAAUCAAAUGUUAUUUUUUAACAUCAACAUGUUUUACAUGUAACGUCGUGUCACGGUGUCUCUUAAUACUGUAAUAAGUUGUACUUGAACGUGUUUGUGUAUCGCGGUUGGCCGAACUUCUUUCAAACAUUUUUCACACACAACUACAUUCCAUAUCCGAUUAUCUUUCUUACAACUUCAUUCAUUCUUCAACCGAAACGCGAAUAACUUUCUUUUCUUUUUUUAAUACCUUUUGUUUUUGUUUUUUUGGAGAAGUCGAAGCAUUCCAUUGUAUGCUUUCUAUUUGAUUUCAACGAAUAGAAAGGCGAAUCUUGUUGAUGUCUACGUGUUACCAGGGACAAACAGUGUCUUAGUUUUUCGUGUACAUCGUGUAGUGGAAGAGAGAUCAAAUUAGGGAACAGUUCUGUUGUCAUACCAAAGUUACAGGUACUUGGUGCUUUAUAAUACUCGAGAUAUAUAAGUAUUUUAAAUGAUGUGUCAAAAUGUGUUACUUCUGAGGAACGGUGAAAAUCUAAAGAGAAAAAACUAAAUGAAAGGAAAAGAGCUGAAACGAGAUGCCCAGAGAGAGAAGUUUCAAAAGCGAAUAGGAACGGAAUAAUGUUACGUGAGAGUAAAACAUGUUUGCUUUAGAGAAAGAUUUGUCUUAAUACACACAGUGAUAAUAAUCAAAGUAUUAAAUAUAUUAUUGGUCGCUGUCGCUGUCGAUAUGAACAAAAUGUUAGGGGAAAAUGGUAUACACAUAAUGUGAUGAAUAUAUAUAUAUAUAUAUACGUAUACAAGGUGAUAAAAAAAGCAUUCAAUAUUUAUACGGUAAUAUAGGACAAGCUGUACCGAGUAAAAGAGCCUUAGUAAACAUAGAUCAAAAGGUCAACCGUUUCUGGGAUACGAACAUUUUUGUUUGCUAGCAUCGUGAUUGAUAAUAACUGUGUAAUAUUAACCCUUUUGCCAAUGCAGCGUGUCCUAUAUACCAUACGAAUAUUGAACGCUUUCUUUUCAACACCCUAUAUAUAUUGGUAUUCGAAUUGAGAUCGUAAUAGAUAAUACACAAAAAAAGAAAAGGGAAAGAACACAAGAUUCGAGUUUUUUUACCAUUUUGAAGAUUAUCAAGAGACCGCAUUCAAAAAUGUAGGAUUAGCAACGAAGAUGUAGGGUGAAUGAUCACCAAUGCGCAGACCAUGGCCAAAGCAGCAUUAUUUUUCCACUAAUUUAUAACGAAGUAGUAAUUGAGAAGAGCUGUGUACAUAUAUAUGUACUGUACAUAAAAUUGUUACGCUCGCGAAAAUGACCCUCGACGUCACCGAGCGAAAAAGAAAAAUUACGCUCCGCGAAAUAUUAUGUCGCUACACUACAUUUAACUGAAAACGAGAAAAAUGAAAAGAUAUUGGUCUAUACAACAUAUACGUAUAUUCGAUUAUAUACAUAUAAACGAAGGGAAAAAGAACUUAUUACAGUCUUAUAUAAGGAUGCUUCUACGAAAUCGUAUCUAAACAGUGUACUUAAUUAACAAACUAUCUUCAUUAGUACCAUUAAAAUAACUACUUGCUAUUAUUUAUGUUAUAAAUAUACAAAUUGCUGUUAACAUUACUAGCAUAGCUUUCAACUAUUUUUCUUACUGGACGUUGCGCUUGUAAUUACACGGAACGGAACUUGCGUGAACGAACCAAUCCACAGUCAAUAAUGCCGCAUAAAAUUGCAAUAUCAAUCUUUUUCUUUCCUAAUUUUUUAAUCUUCAUCAAGAUUGGUAGCUCGAGUAAUGCAUAACGACGGAGAUUCUUUAUUCUCGAUUGUUCGAAGUAGAGAGAGAGAGAUGUACAAACGUCAUAACUUUAUAAUUCUUCUUCUUUUUCUAUGUAACUGAGUGUUGAUGUGUGAAGUGUAAAGUUAACAAUGUUACUAUCAGAUAUCUCUGUAAUUAAAAGUGUAUCGCCAAGAGUUUUUGGUAGGAACCUAAAACCUGCUUUAAGGUAGUUUUCAAAAGUAGAACUGUUGUUCACCAUUUAAUCGCAGAGAUUCGUGAUCGUAAUAUAUUUAAUUUUAUACCGUGCACGUAUGUACAGCGAAACGUCUGAUUUAUAAUACGAAAACAAAGCUAUACACAUCGAUCGCACUGGUCUCAUUGUAUUAAUCGGACGUGUCUGAUUAUAUAUAAUUUUCUUUUCUCUAAAUACUUAAAAUGCGUUUCAAUCGUUUGAAUUGUUCAGCGCAAUGAGAACAGCGAAAUUAGAGUUUCGUAGUAUUUACAAGGCGGCUCUUGAACUAAUCGAUAGACUUUCUGAUAUCUCUAAUGAAAAUUUCUGCUGUAAAAUCUGUACCACCGAAUCGGGACUUUGUAAAGAAAUAUUUGCAGAAUUUACAGUAUCAUAGGGCAGAGUAGAGAUCGGCUAGAAAAAUUGUAUUGGACGCGUUAAUUAGUCCUCUAUAGAGAGAGUAAUGUUCGGAAUUGAUCCAAAAAAGACACAUUGCUCUUCUGUAAUUCGAAUUCGUUGCCCAAAGAUUUCUCUGAUAUUGUAUUAAUUAUACACAUUUCUCCGAUGGAAUGUACAUUUUCUUGCACAAUAAAAUUGUGAUGAAUUAA